AUGGACGACGACAUCUCGCCAUGGGGCUCCUACACGCAGACCAUGAGCUUCACGACUCCAGUACCCGAUCCGGUUCCCGUUGAGACUCCUAGCCGUCGUUCAGGCAAGAAGACAGACGCUCGCAAGUGUGCAAGAAGCACCGGAAUUCAAUACGAUCUGAGCAACGGGGGCAUCAUUGAAGCGCCGGACUGGUGGUGGGAGCAGAAAUUGAAGGAGAACCCAAAGUAUGGCAAAUUCAAAGACAACGAUAACACAGAGAUUUACCACACUUACAGCAAAUUGUUUGGUGGCAGUCGGGAUGCCACGAAGUACGCCUUAACACCGACUAAACUUUCCCAACGCGGUCUCGAUCUCAGCUCAGACAGCGACGCAGAGGACCGUAAUGACACGAUGCCAAUCAACGCAGAGACAACGGACUCGAGCGACGGGCCUCGGGAGGGGGCGAAUCAUUCGUCUAUGAAUAUUUCCCGCGCUCAAAGUGGAGAGAAGCGUAAGGGUAAACAAUCAAAGGAAAAGGGAAAGAAGAAGAAGUUUGGAGCGAGGGAAGUAUCCGAGUCGGUUAACAACUUGUCAUCUGCGUCAAGGGAAUUUGCUUCUGCUAUUCGGUCAAGAGACAAGGGCGUGAUGACAAUUUCGGAGUGCGUGCAAGAAUUGCUUUCGACGGGCCUCGUACUGAGUGGUGACGAGCUUCAUUUGUUUGCGGCGUGGUUCUUUCGCGACACCGAAAACCGUAUUGCGUACAGUGCCUUCGAUACACCUGAACUUAGGUUCGCAUGGGUUGAGUACUGCUUCAAACGCGACAAGGAGAAUAACCUAGCGAAGCAGUCGAGGGCGAGACGCAAACUAUGA